AUGCAUCCUCGGUUUGGUUCGGUUAACCCUAACGGUUAUGAUGGUGAAAUUCCGUUUCUCUUGUCGCAUAUUCGUAACUUGAGGUUAAAGAAUACUUUGGAAAACGAUUUAUUGUUACCAUGCAUAAUGCGCAAGGAUAGCGCAUCUGCAGCUCACUUGGCUAAACUUGGACACCCACUUGAACAAGCAAAUAAAAGUUGCUUUCGAAACAUUUGACCACUGUUUUAUCUGUAAAGCUAUUCUGAGUGGAAGUUUCUACGAGGGAACAAAAGUUGGUUGA